AUGCCCAAUAAUUUUUCUGAAAUUUCACCCAAGUCCUCACAAUUACAGCUCCUUCCCGUCUCAUACCAACGAAAUGUGGAGAAUCCGGAUUUCAAGCCAAAUUGUUUAGUUGGUGGACCAGAUAUCUACGAUCCAACACAGGCGGAAAAGGUCCCAUGGUUCGACGUGAACCUCGACCUUCCACCACGUCAACGCUUCAAACAAAUCGCCGCGGCCUACAAAGACGACAUCCGCGCGGUCUUUGAUGUUCUCAAUUACUUCCUCACCAUCAUCCCUGGCGUCAACGCGUGGGAACUCAUCGGAAACGUGACAGCAAGCGCGCUGGACAAGGGAAUGAUCAUGAAUCCCUACAAGGAUGAGGUGCUAGGAAUCGCCGAGGUCCUCGAGGUGCCGAUCGGAAAUUUGGUGUUCUUGAACAUCUUCUACGAGAUGUCACGUUUUUGUACGUCGAUCGUCGCACAGACUGAGGAUAAUAAGGAUUUGUAUCACGCGAGAAAUUUGGACUUCGGACAACUCUUCGUGUGGGAUAUCGACGCUCAGUCGUGGGGAUUGACGGAUGCGUUGAAGAAAGUCAGUGUCAAUAUUAACUUCUUCAAGAAUGGAAAACUCGUGUUCAAGGGAUCCACGUUGGCUGGACAUGUCGGUGUUUUGACGGCCAUGAAACCGCACAAAUUCUCUCUAUCGAUGAAUGCAAAAGUGCAACCCGAUUUGAUAAAUGUCGCCAAAUGGUACAUGGGCGCUUAUGAGAACACCGAUCUUCAAUUCGUCAUGUAUUUCGAACGUUGGCUUUUCGAGAACUGUGACGACUUCCAGUGCGCCCGCCAAAAGAUCGCCGAAGUGAAACUGCUCACCGGAGCCUAUUUCAUUCUUGGAGGUGUCAAUCCGGGUGAGGGAAGUGUUCUGGUGAGAAACACGACGUCGGUUCAAUUUGAGAGAAAACUGUUCGACGGAGACAAUGAUUGGUUCUUGUUGCAGACGAACUAUGAUCCCGAUAAGAAUCCGCUCUUCAUCGACAACCGUCGUGAUCCCGGAAACGCGUGUAUGAAGAAGUUGACACGUGCCGGCGUCGGAAUGAAGGGUAUCUACACGGUGCUCUCCUCGAAGCCAAAUCUCAACAAGACCACCGUCCACACCGUCCUAAUGUCUGUUACCAAGGGCUACUUCGAGACUUUUGUCCAAAAGUGUCCAAAUCCGUGUUGGGCGUUCUAA